GUGCUGACGUCAUAUUUCAGCGCCACUCUCCGUGUGUUUCCCUCCUGUUGCUCCGUUGUUGGGCUUCCAUCUGCUUGUUCCUGAGUUCUUUGUUUUUCCAGACGUUUUCCCAGAAGUUCGGAGGAUUCCCGCGGCCAGGAUGGGACCCGUAGAGCUCCUCCACAUGUCUGUUUUCUCCCAGAGCUUUUCUCCCUGCGGACGCUUUCUGGCAGCUGGGAACAACUAUGGAGAGAUCGCCCUGUUCAGCCUGGCUGCAGCACUCAGUCCAGACGCCACAGCAGCCAAUCAGAAGCCUGUUCUGACCUUCACAGCUCAUGAAGGUCCCGUGUUCAGUCUCCUGUCCACCGACUGUGUUCUGCUGAGCGCGGGAAACGGAGAGGUCAGCUCCUGGAGCUGGAACGAACUUACCAAGAAGAACGUGAAGCCGCUGUGGACGAAGAGGCCGAACUACAAAUCUGGUCUGGAGAUCCCAGAAAUCAACUCCAUGGUCAUCAACCCUCGGGACAACAGUCUGGCAAUCGGAGCCGGAGACAACAACAUCCACAUCCUGGACCUGGAGCACGGGGCCUUCAAGGCGACCCUUCAGGGUCACACGGACUACUUGCACUGUGUGUGCAUGCGUGAGCGGGAGGCAGAGCUUCUGUCGGGCGGAGAGGACGGCGCUGUGAGGAUGUGGGACAGCAGGACGGGUCAGUGCGUUCACUGCAUCGAGGUCUACAAGUACGAGAGCUGCGCGAGACCUCGGUACGGGAAGUGGAUCAGCUGUCUGACCACAGACUCUGAUUGGAUGCUGUGUGGUGGAGGACCUUCUCUGUCUCUGUGGCAUCUUCGCUCCCUGUCUCCAACCUCGGUGUUCCCUCUGAGAGGCUGCCAGCGUCAGGCCACCUUCCAUCAGGACAUGAUCCUGGCUGUGGGUGAGGGGGCCUUCGUGUCCCACUGUCUGCUGGGAGGAGAAGUCAAGGCCCGGAUCCCUUGCACACCGCCAAGCUUGAACACAAUGCAGCUGAACACCAAGAGCUCAGAGCACCGGGUGUUGACGGUGGGCGGCGGCAGCAGCAACAUCGACGUUUUCACCAACCUGUCCUACAGAGCCUUCUCACUCAGCUUCUGAUCUCCGUUCCUCAAACUGAUUGUGAGGUUCAGUGAAGGCUUCACAACCAGGAUCAAAUCCUGGACUAUUUCUGCUGCGAGUUACAACCAGGAGGAGUUCUGAUGAAGAGUAGACCCUGAAUGAACUUAAUAAAACCCGGUCUUUGUUACCUUUUCUA